GCUAAUGUGCUGCGAGGACUCAGAGGGUUCUCUUCCUUUUUGAGGCUUUUUCUCUUCACUUCAAAGCCCCUUCCCGGACCUGUUGAGAGUUUCAGUGGUUCCUGAAGCUUAAAACAGUCCCCUGCGUAGGGAGCAGCAGAGCUUGCAAUGUCAUCUUUGGCCGUUGAAAGGACAUUCCAGUGAUGCAGGGCGAUCAGCCUCAGGAGGCUGCUGUAGAACCAGCAUCUUCAGGUGAUGCCCAAGGAGAUGGACCAAAAGAUGCUUCAGACAUGGCACCAAAUAUUUCUGAUGCAGAUGCCUUAAAAAUACUGCUGGAGAUGAAGAUGAAGAAGAGGCAGAAAAAGCCCAGCCUUCCGAGUACUGUGACAGAACUGGCCACGGAGGAGGGUUCUAAAGUGUACGUGGUUGGCACUGCCCACUUUAGUGAUAGCAGCAAAAGAGAUGUAGUGAAGACCAUACAGGAGGUCCAGCCUGAUGUGGUCGUGGUCGAGCUAUGCCAAUAUAGAGUUUCUAUGUUAAAAAUGGAUGAGAGAACAUUACUAAAGGAAGCCAAAGAAAUAAAUCUGGAGAAACUUCAGCAAGCUAUAAAGCAGAAUGGCCUCAUGUCUGGAUUAAUGCAAAUGUUGCUGCUGAAGGUGUCGGCGCACAUCACAGAACAGCUGGGAAUGGCUCCUGGAGGAGAGUUCAGGGAGGCUUUCAAAGAGGCUGGCAAAGUACCUUUCUGCAAGUUUCAUCUUGGAGACAGACCAAUCCCAGUCACAUUCAAGAGAGCCAUUGCUGCGCUUUCUUUCUGGCAAAAGGUCAAGCUUGCCUGGGGCCUGUGUUUCCUCUCAGAUCCAAUCAGUAAAGACGAUGUGGAGAAAUGUAAACAAAAGGAUCUGCUGGAGCAAAUGAUGGCAGAAAUGAUUGGGGAGUUUCCUGAUCUUCAUCGAACAAUUGUCUCAGAAAGAGACAUUUACUUGACUUACAUGUUGAAGCAAGCAGCCAGGCGAACAGAACUACCUCGUGCUUCUGAAGCUGAACCUAGAAGAUGUGUCCCAUCUGUUGUAGUUGGAGUAGUUGGCAUGGGUCACGUGCCUGGGAUUGAAAAGAACUGGAAUACCCACUUGAACAUCCAGGAAAUAAUGAGUGUGCCUCCUCCCUCAACUGCAAGUAAGAUCCUCAAGUUCGUCAUAAAGACUACAGUAUUUGGACUGGUGGGCUAUGGCUGCUACAGGAUAGGACAAAGGACAGUGCAAUUUAUUCUCUCCAUGCCUGUUGCACAGAGCUAUCUUCAGAAACUGGCAGACAUAAACCCCCGGCAGUGAACCAGAAGACUCUCUAUAAGACAUUGGGGCAAAGAACAGCAUGCGUAAAAGUAGGCUGAAAGACAACAGUGAAGGGUUUCUGUCCCAGUGUCUCAUCUGAUACCGAGUUACAGUGUAACCAAACAGACUGAUGUUAAAUGCUAAAUACAACACAAGCUGUGUGACCUAAAUGAAAAAGCAGUCACCCACCACCGUGAUAAAAUUCGUGGCAUAAAAGAAGUAGAGGCCACUGUAAGGUACCUGAUAUGUGUAAAUGACAUAUUUAUAAAUAUGAUUACAGUACACAGGUAAUAUCGAGUCUAAUAUUGUUAGACACAAUUCACUGGGAACUUCCCGUACGCAAGUGCCAUUGAAAUGAAAAAGACCUAUGCAAGAAUGCAGCAGUCCAUUUCAGUGAGCUUGCUGGUGGAUUGUGACCUUUGUUCUCUCCCGUCCCCUGCCCCCCAGGAACAGAAUAAUAUGGUUAGUUGUGUUCCUGUUGGAAAGCACGGGGGCCCCAUAAGGUAUGUGUGUUUUCAAUAUAAAUCAUAUCAAACUAUCCUUCUUGGUGCUAAGCACCUAUAUAGCUACUUGGAAAGAUUUCGUCUUACAGGAAGACUUUUAUACUUCAUGGGAUUU